AUGUCGGUUUCCCCCCCCCUGGCCGACCUGUCCCGUCUCUAUCAGACGGAGUUUGUCCGCAGUGCUCGGGCGGUGGGCGUCCUCUGGGCGGUGUGUCUCUGCUUCGCCAUCCUGCAGGUGGUGGUUCUGGUGCAGCCGUCCUGGAUCGGCACCGGAGAGGCCCGUCACCUGGGGGCGGGGCCUGUCCCGCCCAGCGGCACUCUGGGAUUGUUUGAGGUGUGUGUGGACUCGGACUGGGCGGUUCUGGACUGCCGUGGUGGUUUGUCCAGUCUGUCUCCUCUGCCGUCCUUCCAGUCGGUGGCGGUUCUGGUGGGAGUGUCUCUGUGGUCAGUGUGGACCAGCGUCCUCUGUCUCUGUCUCUUCAGGUUCUGCAGCGCUGCCACAGUCUACAAGAUCUGUGCCUGGCUGCAGCUCACUGCCGGUUUCUGUCUGGCGUUGGCCUGUCUUCUGUUUCCAGACUCGUGGGAGAGUCCAGAGAUGCGAGCUCUGUGUGGAGACUCUGUGGGCAGCUUCUCUCCAGGUAACUGCUCCGUCCACUGGGCCUACAUCCUGGCCAUCCUGGGCAUUCUGGACGCCGCCAUCUUGGCCACGUUGGCCUUCGUCCUCGCCAACAGACAGGACGCCCUGCUGCCGCCGGACGCCAAGGACGUGACCACAAGUCUGCUGAUGUCGGCGUAGAGUCACCAGAUCUCUCCCUACUUCUUCAUCAUCAUCAUCAUCAUCAUCACCUGGUUUCCUGGCAACCGUAUCCAUCUCAAUGAUGUCACAGUGAGGAGGACGUCAGUCAAGUAUUUAAGAGAACAGAACCUUCACCAUGUUUCAUCAGAACCUCCCAGAAUCUCAACUAGAACCACAUCACA